AUUUGCGCGGCAGCAUGGACGACAAUAGCUUUGUCAAGUCGUUUUUUGUCGAAGACAUUGUGCGGAGGUCGUCGCCGCUCGAGCUCGCGACGCCGCGGUCCAUGACCGACUUCAACUUUCAAUCGGAGGACUCGGACUUCUUCGACGAGUACCCGCUGCUGGACGACGACAUCAAGACCGAGACGCACGACCUGUUCGAGCCGCUCGACCCGCUCCUCUCGACGCCCGUGCUGCAGAAAGCCGACCUCGCACUCUUCUCGUUCCCGUCGAGCCCCGCGUUUGAAGUCCGCGGACCCCAACCCGCCUACUACCACAACCACUACAACAGCAUGAUCCACACGCUUCCACAAAACUACCUCAGUAGUCACUUGUCCAGCAGCAGCCAUCCUCUGCCGCCACCACCUCAUCAUCAGGCUACAACGCAUAGCUCGGUGCAGCAGCCGGCCAUCUACCCGAGCGCGAUGAUGCCGCCACUGUACAAACCACCGCCGCCCGUCUUGCCCAUCAUGCGCUCGUACUCGUACCCGAUGAAGCCCGCACCGGUGCCGAUCACAACGACCAAGAUUCCCGUCCAGCGGUCGGCGACUGUCCCAACGACCGCAAAGGAACUCGAUGACGCAACGUCGUCAUCUUCGUUCAAAUCCAAAGGCAAGCGCUGUACGAUCGCAGGAUGCACGCGCCGUGCGCAGUCCAACAACCGCUGCAAGGCCCACGGAGGUGGAGCGCGGUGCCAGUUUCAGGGAUGCCCAAAGAGCUCGCAAGGCGGCGGCUACUGCCGGGCGCACGGCGGUGGGAAAAAGUGCGAGUUCGAAGGCUGCACCAAAGGGCAGCAGCGCAAGGGCUUUUGCUACGCCCACGGCGGCAUCCGCAAGUGCAAGCAGGCCCACUGCGACAAGAAGGACCGCGGGAACGGGUACUGCAUUGCGCACGGCGGCGGGAAGCGCUGCUCGGUCGACGACUGCGUCAACGCCGUCCGGAAAGGCCGGUUUUGCCGCGUCCACAUGCCCGACGACGGCUAAGCAAAAAGAGGUUCCUACUGCGGGAUUGCCGACCACA